GUCCGACCAUUGCUCCUCCUCAAAGCACCUACCUGAAAGCUACUUCUCCCCGUGGCAUCCAGCUGCUACUCUCAUAUCGUCACCAUGUCUACAGAAAUGGAAGUCGACCCGCCGGUGUUGCAACAAGAAGAGGAAGAAGCUCCCGCGCAGUCAAGCAAUGGUAGCCACGAUCCGAGAACACAGGCGAACGCCGUCGCAGUACGCAGUAUCGAGGGAUGGAUUAUCAUCGUGACCAACAUCCACGAAGAGGCCUCCGAGGAAGACGUUACAGAUCUGUUCGCCGAGUACGGAGAAAUCAAGAACUUCAGUUUGAACUUGGACCGCCGGACGGGUUACGUCAAGGGGUAUGCCUUGAUCGAGUACUCAACCCUCCCCGAAGCAUCGGAAGCCAUCAAAGCCUUGAACGGCUCCAAAUUGCUGGAUCAAACCAUCUCUGUCGAUUUCGCAUUCGUUAGGCCACCUCCCUCGAACAAAGGCAAGGGUGGAGGACACAGAGGCGGACGGGGUGGUGGAAGAAACCGCAGCAGAAGCCGUGAGAGGAGCCGCAGCCCUGGAGCCGAGGAUGCACGGGACUAAGCCCGUCGUGAUAUCGGUGUGUUGAGAGAGUAUCUUCUAUUCGAUUCAUCUCUCAGGCUAUGCGUGCGCCGGAACCUUGGUCUACGCUUGCUCCAAAACCCCUCCAGUAUUGGAAUUCUGCUUUUCUGCGCUUGCACUACAAUAAGGAUCGCUGGCUGUUGAGGAUUGUCCAAACUCGAGAUACUAGAAGCUGGCUCAACUAGAUUGCCUAAGGGGCCGGGAAGCAGGACAAAGCCGGCAUUGUCUCCUGAAACGUUCAUGUUAUGCGCGUCGCCUGACGGAGACAUCACAGGAGAUCUGCCGGCGUCAUGAGGUUUCGACGAUAUGAAACAUCCAGCCUGAAUGCAUGAUGUUACAGAGCUAGAUAUCCCGUUAUGUCUACUAGCGUUUAUUUAAUCUUUAUGUGUCGGUUGAGCCCAC